GUCCCUCGGGGUCUGCGGGAGGUCCUGAAGACUGAGGGCUUGGUCUCACCUUACUAAAUCCUCUGUCCCCUGUGCAGAUGUUUCCCUCUGGGCUCUGGCUCUAGGAUGUUGGAGGGCCGAGAGGAGGAGCUGACCACGGUGCGUGUCCAAGACCCCCGGGUGCAGAACGAAGGCUCCUGGAACUCCUACGUGGAUUACAAAAUCUUCCUCCACACCAACAGCAAGGCCUUCACUGCCAAGACCUCAUGUGUGCGGCGCCGGUACCGUGAGUUUGUGUGGCUGAGGCGGCAGCUCCAGAAGAAUGCUGGCUUGGUGCCUGUCCCGGAGCUGCCUGGGAAAUCCGCCUUCUUUGUGGGCAGCACAGAUGAAUUUAUCGAGAAGCGGAGACAGGGACUGCAGCAGUUCCUGGAAAAGGUCGUGCAGAACGUGGUGCUGCUCUCCGACAGCCGGCUGCACCUCUUCCUGCAGAGCCAGCUCUCGGUGCCCGAGAUAGAGGCGUGCGUGCAGGGCCGGGGCGCGCAGACGGUGACGGACGCCAUCCUGCACUACGCCAUGUCCAACUGCGGCUGGGCGCAGGAGGAGGAGAGCCGCCCCGGGCUGCUGCCGGGGGGGGACCUGCGCGGCAGCUGUGCCAGCCGGGGGGGGCCACAGGGGCCCAGCUGCCUGGAGACCCUCCCGCACUGGAGCGACUUUGGCAUGGAUGAGAGCCACUUGGACAGCCCGGCUGAGCCGGCCGAGCCCUUGGGCGGACCGCAGGAGAUGCAGUAGAUGGCUCUAGCGACCUCGCCUGCCUUCCCCGGGACCUGCAGCCCUCGCUGGAGGAGGGACCGCCGGCCGAGCCGCAGGGAUGGUCGGGCCGGGACUGGGGCUGCACUGGGAACGCAGCCUUGUCCUGGCUCUGUGGGGUCUGGGGCUCAUGGGCUCUCUCCCUGCUGACUCUCAGCUGUCCUCCGUGUCCCAGGCAGCGUGUUCGCGUAGCUUUUCUCUUCAGAGAGGGGAUCUAGUGAUUAGUGAAACCUGUGUUUGUUGUUCCCGUGACCUUUGCUCUGUGAGCGGAGCAGCAGCAGGGCUUGGUCAGGUUGUGGUGGCAGCAAGGCCC